UAUAAAUACAAGCGUUCGUGUUCAAUUAACAACGCCGCCUGCUUCACUCUCUGCUUGGACAGUGAAAGCUAUUCCCCUUUUCCCUCACGAAUCCUAUCCACAGGAGCUUCGACCUUUUAAGGCUCCGAUCUUGUCUGCAUUUGCCUUUUAUUCUUCUGAUCUCGAUAUCAAAAAAUGGCAGAUCUUGAAGCACCAUUGGUACGCCCAAAACGAAAGAAAAUUUGGGUGGACUAUUUUGUCCAAUUCAGAUGGAUUAUUGUCAUCUUUGUUGUUCUCCCAAUCUCCUUCACCUUAUACUUUCUCACUUAUCUUGGAGACGUAAGAUCCGAAUGGAAAUCAUACAAACAACGCCAAAAAGAACACGAAGAAAAUGUCAAAAAAGUCGUGAAACGUCUCGCAGAAAGAAACCCAUCAAAAGACGGGCUCGUAUGCACGGCCCGAAAGCCCUGGAUCGCGGUCGGAAUGAGAAACGUUGACUACAAGCGGGCCCGCCAUUUCGAAGUUGACCUCUCGGCCUUUCGGAACAUUCUAGAAAUAGACCAAGAAAGAAUGAUCGCAAAAUGCGAACCCUUGGUCAACAUGGGUCAAAUCACACGGGCCACAGUCCCAUUAAACCUCGCGCUCGCGGUUGUUGCUGAGCUGGACGAUUUGACAGUUGGCGGGCUUAUCAACGGGUAUGGAAUCGAAGGGAGUUCGCAUUUAUACGGGCUUUUUUCCGAUACCGUAGUGGCAUAUGAAAUUGUUCUUUCGGGUGGACGUGUUGUUAGAGCUACACGAGAGAAUGAGUAUUCCGACCUUUUCUAUGCCAUUCCGUGGUCCCAAGGAACUCUCGGAUUACUCGUUUCCGCCGAAAUCAAACUGAUUCCGAUCAAGGAAUACAUGAAGCUGACCUACAAACCCGUGAGAGGAAACAUUCGUGAUCUCGGACAAGCUUAUAUCAACUCUUUCGCACCACCUUUCGGGAUAGAUAAUGACGAAAGUACCCCUGAUUUUGUUGAAACGAUGAUCUACAAUGCGAAUGAAGGUGUUUGUAUGACGGGAAAGUACGCGUCGAAAGAAGAGGCGAAGAUGAAAGGGAAUAAGAUAAAUAGUGUUGGGUGGUGGUUUAAGCCGUGGUUUUAUCAACAUGCUCAAACGGCUUUGACAAAAGGGGAAUUUGUUGAGUAUAUUCCGACGCGUGAGUAUUAUCAUAGACAUACGCGGUGUUUGUAUUGGGAAGGGAAGCUUAUUCUUCCGUUUGGUGAUCAAUGGUGGUUUAGGUAUUUGCUUGGGUGGAUGAUGCCACCCAAGGUUUCUUUACUUAAAGCUACACAAGGUGAAGCUAUUCGCAACUAUUAUCAUGAAAUGCAUGUCAUUCAAGAUAUGCUUGUUCCUCUUUACAAAGUUCCCGAUGCUUUAGAAUGGGUCGAUCGUGAAAUGGAGGUGUAUCCACUUUGGUUAUGCCCGCACCGGUUGUUCAACCUACCAUGGAAAACAAUGGUGUACCCGGAGCCAGGAUUUGAUGAAGAGAUGAGACAAGGGGACACGGUGUAUGCACAAAUGUACACGGAUGUCGGUGUGUAUUAUGCACCGGGACCCGUGUUGAGGGGGGAGGUGUUUGAUGGAGCGGAUGCGGUUCGUAGAAUGGAAAAUUGGUUGAUUGAGAACCAUGGGUUUCAGCCACAAUAUGCGGUGUCUGAACUGAAUGAGAAGAAUUUCUGGAGGAUGUUUGAAGCGGGGCUUUAUGAACAGUGUAGGAAUAAGUAUGGAGCUGUAGGGACGUUUAUGAGUGUUUAUUAUAAAUGUAAGAAAGGGAGGAAGACUGAGAAGGAGGUUCAGGAAGCUGAGCAAGCUCAAGUUGAAGUUCCUUAUGCUGAAGAAGAUUGAUUGGUUUGCUAGUUUAGAUAUUAUAUGGAUUUAGUGUCACGGUUGAUUGGAUUUCUUGUUGAUUAUUAUUGUUUGUUUGCAGACUAAGAACAUGAAUAUCAUUUGAUUUGCACCUUCA